CCGCCAGCGCCGCGGAACCGGGGCCGGCGUGGGGGAGGCGGCGGCGCGGCGGGGGCCGGAGCGGGCCGAGCCGCCGCGCCCGCUCCAUGGAGGCCGCGGCCGAGGCCCUGGGGGGGCCUGCGGCGCUCAGCUGCUUCUCCUACAACCAGGACUGCACCUCCCUGGCAAUUGGAACCACAACUGGAUACAGGCUUUUCUCCUUAAGUUCCGUGGAGCAACUGGACCAGGUCCAUGAAAGCAAUGAAAUCCCAGAUGUUUACAUCGUGGAGCGUCUGUUCUCCAGCAGCCUUGUGGUUGUGGUCAGUCAUGCCAAGCCACAGCAAAUGAAUGUCUACCACUUCAAGAAAGGGACGGAGAUCUGCAACUAUAGCUAUUCCAGUAACAUCCUGUCCAUCCGGCUGAAUCGUCAGAGGCUGAUUGUUUGCCUGGAGGAGUCAAUUUACAUCCAUAACAUCAAGGACAUGAAGCUUUUGAAGACUAUCCUGGAUACGCCCCCAAAUACAACUGGUCUGUGUGCUCUCUCAAUCAACCACGCCAACUCCUACUUGGCUUAUCCCGGCAGUGCAAGCAGCGGAGAGAUCGCACUUUACGACGGAAAUACUUUGAAAACAGCCUGCACGAUUGCUGCCCACGACGGGCCUCUGGCUGCCCUAACCUUCAACUCCACCGGGUCGAAGCUGGCAAGCGCUUCUGAAAAAGGCACAGUCAUUCGUGUAUUUUCCAUUCCUGGUGGGCAAAAGCUCUAUGAAUUCCGUCGAGGGAUGAAAAGGUAUGUGAAUAUCAGCUCUCUGGUGUUCAGCAUGGAUUCUCAGUUCCUGUGUGCUUCAAGUAACACAGAGACAGUGCACAUCUUUAAACUGGAGCAUCUCACUGACAGCCGCCCAGAAGAGCCUCCAACCUGGAGUGGGUACAUGGGAAAGAUGUUCCAGGCUGCCACCAACUACCUCCCUGCCCAAGUGUCAGGCAUGAUGAACCAAGAUCGAGCCUUUGCCACUGUCCGCCUCAGUGUCUCUGGACAAAGGAACAUCUGUGCCCUCUCCACGAUUCAGAAGCUGCCUCGACUGCUGGUGACUACAUCCGAUGGACAUCUCUAUAUCUACAACUUGGACCCGCAAGAUGGAGGAGAGUGUGUCUUAAUUAAGAAACACAGUCUGCUUGGCUCAGGAAAAAUGGAGGAGAACAAAGAAAAUGACCUUCAGCCUCCAUUACCUCAAUCUUAUGCAGCAACUGUAGCCAGACAAAGUACAGUGCCUUCAACUUCGACCAUGCCAGGUUAUUCGGAGGACGGUGGUGCCCUGCGAGGAGAGGUGAUCCCAGAGCAUGAGUUUGCAACUGGACCAGUGUGUCUUGAUGACGAGAAUGAGUUUCCUCCUAUAAUCUUGUGCCGUGGAGGUCAGCCGGGCAAAGCGAAGAGGUCAUGAUGAGAAGCAAACAUCUGCGUGUAGGACAGCUGCUGGGAAGCGCUUUGGAGAAGCCAGGAAUCUCGAGGAACAGACUUGUGAGUCUUCAAGAAGACAAAACCAUCCCAGGUGGGCCGCUGCUUUGAACUAGAGUACGUGUGUGUGAAUAGCUGGCCCUGCUCACCCCUCGUUUUCAUCCGUGUCUGGGUGGGGUGUCCGUGUACUGUACGCACACUGCUAUAUUUAACAAACCAUAUGUUAGAACCACAUUGUAAAUGCUAAUUUAAUCCGAUUUGUAUGUAACCAGAAUUUUAUAUACCUGUUUUACCCUUUUCUAAUUUAUGCCGUUUUAUGUGUAUAAAUGUACUUAUAGGAAGAUAUAUUAAACUUAUGUCUUUGUACAGUACGUACUAUUUUACCCAA